UCACGCUCAGGUGACAGACGCGACUGGUACCGUCCAACAACAGCCAGAAACUUCACUUAUGAGUGAAAAUGCUAGCGUAACUUUUCGAAGAGAGUUUAUUUAGAAAAAAAGAACCACCAAAGCAUUCCAAAGAGCCCUUCUCCAGAUGCCGUCCGCUGCACGGAUGAGAAAAGAAGAGGGAAGGGGAUUACAUUUACAAGCGGGAGUCUAGUUCUUCUGUCGGGGUUGAGUACACAAAAUUUUAAUUGUAACAACAGAGAGAAGGCGGGAGACAGCUAAGAAUAAGAAGAGCGCGGAGUGACUAUCGCUGGAUGCUGUAUGAGUUGUCGCCCGAGCGGAGGCUUCAUGACGGGCGAUGGAGAUGCUGAUGGACUGGAGACCUCCAACAUUUCUGCUCCUCGCCUGGUUGUGCGUGCUUCCUGGUGAUUCUCAGCGGGUCGAGGUGCCACGGAAGGACAUGGAGGUAGUAAUGGGACAAAUGGUUGUUCUGGAGGCCUGGUACACCCCGACUACCUCCAUCGAGAAGAACGCCGUCAUAUGGACCUUCAUGGCCAAUCACUCCAAACAAGUCAUCUCCUACUUCUCUGGACAGAUUGGCAUCGGUAGCACUGACUUCCGGAGGCGAGUGGGUUUUGCCAUGUCUAUGCCCUCUGCCAAUCUGUCCAUCUAUAUCAACAACACGCAGGAGUCUGACUCUGGGCGCUAUCACUGCCACGUGAUCAUUCCUGGAGCUCCAGGCCUGUCUGGGGAAGUACACCUCAAUGUUAAAGUUCCUCCGUCCACGCCUGUAUGCUCUAUGACAGGAAACCCUGUACUGAGUGGCAAUGUAACACUGAGCUGUAAAUCCAGCUAUGGCAAACCCGUUCCUCACUACAAAUGGACCAAAGCAGCUCCUCUUUCUGAGGUCUUCUUCUCUCCCAUGCAAAAGUGGAGGUCCUGCCCCCAGCCUGUGCUUGUGCUGGGAUACCUGGAUGAGAGGCAAGGCACGCUUCGACUUAGCAACCUCACCAGAAGCAUGUCUGGCAAGUAUGUUUGCCGCGCCAGCAACACGGCUGGGACUGACAGCUGCCACAUCAAUCUAGAGGUCUCCACCCCUAACAAUGCCUGGGUGAUCGCUGGGGCCACGGUGGGCUCUGUGGUGGGUCUGAUGGCUCUGGUUUUAUUCCUGAUCUUUAUCCUGAGGAGAAACCGUGACACAGAGGAGGAGAUGGCCAAUGAGAUCAAGGAAGAUGCACAGGCUCCAAAACGCGUCUCGUGGGCUAAAAGCGGCACAGGAUCGGACAUCAUAUCAAAGAAUGGCACAAUGUCCUCCAUAGCCACCAGCCCUCCUGCACAGGACCCUCAGCAUCCACUCCAAAACAGCCAUUACCCAUACCCUCCGGGUGCCUCGGACACCGCCUCCAUCCUCACCACCUCUGGUAGCACAACCACAUCCCGCCUCCGCACAGGGGAGCGCAACCCACUACACGGCCUGCCCGGAUACAACAGCAGCAGCACACUAAAUCACACACACCUCCAUCGGCAUCACACUCCCGCAGUCCUCAAUCCCAACAGCUGCUCCACACACAGGACUGAGGGGCCGCAGCCGCAGACCCCGCACCCGCUCAACAUGCCUAUAAACACUGCCACCCUGUCCCACAUGGGGGCCGUGCCCAUCAUGGUGCCCACCCAGAACCACAUCGGGUCACUGGUGUAACGACUCUCAAGACAAGUAAUGUGCUAACGACUAGCCAAAUGGGGAAGGGUUUCGACAAAUGUGGUGGUAAAUGACAAAUCUGGCAAACGUUCUACACAGAUUAAAGUACUAUAAAUACAGUAAAAUGUAGUUCCAUGUCAAAAAUCACCUUUGAUUUGUUUUUUAAGGUAUUACAUGUUUUUUUAUGAGCUUAAUUUGUGCUUUGAUGCCUAAACACUCGUCGUCUUUUCGAACCGUUACACUGACCAAGAACAGUAUUUGUCAUUUAUUUUGUCAGUUUUACAGUGUUUAAUUCAUUAUUCAUUUUUGUAACAGUUGCGUUUAUGGAUUCAGAUUUGUCCAGUUAUUUAGACAUUCAGUUACGUUACCGACAGUCAUCUUUAGCAUAAGCUGUUCUUGUGCCUCUUGUGCCUCCGAUUCUCUCAGGAGUUCUCAGUUUUCCUGUCAAGCUGGUUUCUGAAGCAGAGCAGGUUUUUCAGUAUUUCAAAUGGACCACUUUCAGAUGAGUUUGAGUGAUGACUGUAAAGUAGAAAAUAAAAUGAAACCCCAUGCAAAUGCUGUCUUAAAAUGUCUUAUGAUGUAGUAGAGUGUAAAAGAGAUAAAUGCCAGUAUCCAAGUAAAUGCCAUGCUUAUUUACUUGAGCAGGAAGGACUCUUAAUUUGUAAAACAUUUGAUAAUGAAAGUUACACGGAAGUGUCCAUUUGUUCAUUCAUGUGUUCAUGAUGUGCGAAUAAAAUAGCCUUGUGGUUUAAUGACUUGAAUAGUGGUAGGAAAGUUUUAUCUUUUUUGAGAUUAGUGUUAAUGCUGAAUGUUAUUGUGAAUAUUCAGGUUUAAAGUUGUUUACUUUUUAAUUAGGACUUUCCACUCAAAUUGGCAUUCUAUGGAAUUGAAAGCAUUAUAUCAGGGGUGUGCAAACUCUCAGUCCUGGAGGGCCACUGUCCUGCAGAGUUUAGCUCCAACUUGCCUCAACACACCUGCCUGGAAGAAUCUAGUAUGCCUAGUAAGACCUUGAUUAGCUGGUUCAGGUGUGUUUAAUUGGGGUUUGAGCUAAACUCUACAGGACAGUGAUUGGAAAUGGGCUCAAGGUGGAAAAUGCCUCAGAGAGGUUCAAGUGUUCAAGUGGUGUUACUUGUUUUGAUCACUUACCAUAAUGUUCUGCUUAUUA